AGCUUUUCUUUUCUCUCUCUCUCUCUCUCACUGAUCAGCUGUUGUAAAGGGGAUGGUGACGUGUUUUCCGCUCUCACACCCGACAUUACAACAACAAGGCAGGGGAGCCGAGCUGGGACGAAGAGACGACGCUACCAGAAGAGUAAGCAGAAAGCCAAGGACUAUCACCAGGAGAAUUCCUACUAAUCUAGCUGGAAACCAGCAACAGGUCUACAGAUGGAGCAGAUGUUGUAGAGGGGGAACCGUUCCCCCUUACCCACAGCAGGGACUGUUUUAGGUGUAGUGCAGGGCCCAGAAUGGACAGAAUUUAAGGGUGCUUUCUCCUCAGGUGUGUCCUGAGUUGUAACACUAACGGUUCUUCAGAGCCCUCCCUGCUAAUAAUAUGAGCCAUGGACUCUGGGACAGUUGAUAGUCCUGUAACCCUGGUCAUUAAGGCCCCCAACCAGAAGUAUGAAGACCAGACCAUUAACUGCUUCCUCAACUGGACCGUGGAGAGGUUGAAGAGUCACAUCUCCAAUGUGUACCCUAGUAAGCCACUAUCCAAAGACCAGCGGCUGGUGUACUCAGGGAGGCUGCUCCAAGACCACCUGCAGCUCAGAGACGUGCUCAGAAAGCAGGAUGAAUAUCACAUGAUGCAUCUAGUAUGUACGUCUCAUAGUCCCCCAGGCUCGCCCAUGCCUCGAAGUCCUUCCAGCUCAUCUGCCUCUGAUUCCAGCAGUUCAGACAGCACUGGCUCCACCUCCCCUGCCACCACACCAAAUCAGGACAGCCAGCCAGGUUCUUCCCCUUCGUCCUCCUCUUCUGUCCCUGGGAAUUAUGACGGGUUGAGGUAUCGUGGCGGUUUCCCCCAGUACAAUCCUCAGAGCGCCGCUGGUGUCCCUCAGUGGCCUGAUGCAGCCCAGGUCGCUUUCCAAGGCGGCCUUCCUGCCAACAUGCCCCCCCACCCCAUGUACAUGCCAAUGCAGAUGCUGUGGUGGCAGCAGAUGUACGCUCGUCAUUACUACAUGCAAUAUCAAGCAGCAGUAGCCGCCUCUCAGCCUCCCAGCGCCUCUCCUCCCUCUUCCCCCUCACCCCUCCAGCCCCCUCAACCCAACGAAGCCGUGCAGCCGCCGCUGGGGCCCAACCAGGCCCCCAACCCCCUACCGGAGAACCAGCCUGCCAACCCCAUCCAGAUGAACGCGCAGGGCGGUGCGGUGUUGAACGAUGACGAGCUGAACCGUGACUGGCUGGACUGGCUGUACACAGUGUCUCGCGCCGGCGUCCUGCUCAGCAUCGUCUACUUCUACUCCUCCUUUAGCCGUUUCAUCAUGGUGGUCGGUGCCAUGCUGCUCGUCUACCUGCACCAGGCUGGUUGGUUUCCCUUCAGGCCAGAGCAGCAGAACCUCAGAGGAGCAGAAAGGGCUGGGGCUCCUCAGGAGGAAGCAGAGAGACACCAGGACAUGCAGGAAAUGGAACGUCUGAUGGACGAAGGGAUAGAGGAUGAUGACAGUGGUGAAGAAGGAGGUGGUGGACUGGAGGACCAGGCCCAGGCUGCUGCUGCUGCAAUCCCCGAACCAAGUUUCCUCACCACCGCAUGGUCCUUCAUCAGCACCUUCUUCACCUCGCUAAUCCCUGAGGGACGAAACCACGCUGCCAACUAGGUAGACCCCCUGCCUCUCCUCUUGCCAACAGGUACCGCGCUGCAGAGAUUCCCAGCCUUCACCUUUACCGCCUCAAAUACCCAUUUUACCCCAAAAGCGUCUUCACAUACCCCUAUGUGGUCAAAUACCCAUCUCCCCCAGGCCACGCUGUCCAACCCAGCCUGUCAGCAACAGACCUCCUACCUGCUGCUAACAAAUGAAGUGGAAGAGCAGAUGCAGAGUGUCGCUGCAGGGAGUACGAAAGCAAAAGGAACUUUUAGAAAAGAAAUGUCACAAUGUGUUAAUGGAGUAAAUGCUUCAGCUGUGAAAGUUUCUGUUUUUCUUUUAUCGAUCAUGAAUUCAUCGAGACGUGGCGAUGACGAGAGACGUCAGAAGGAGCUGUCGUCGAUUUUGAGCAGUGACAAGGUCAACUUUUCAAAGGGGUGUGAGCCAGAUGGAAAAAAUACACAGUUCUUCCCAGAAUGAUUGGGAGAUGCGUGUCUUUAACAAAUCAUGAAAAAAAAACCCAUACACACACCUGAAGACAUUUUCAUGUAUGCAUACGAUGUGCAUAUGGACAUUGCAGCCACUGAAGCACAUUGUUUUCCCACUUUGUGUAUUUGAGUAUAUCUAUUUACACAUGUAAGUAUAUGCAUCUUUAAUUCCUGAAUAUAAGCUUUUUUUGAAUAAAAAUCUUGCUGCAGUUUGA